AUGGGGGGUGAGAAUAUCACCCCGAACUCCUCCUCCUCUGCCUCCUCCUCGUUCUCCGACUCCUCGCGCGCUCGCAGCCGCCGCAGCGACCUCAGCGCCGGCGCCGCCNCUCCUCCGCCGUCAGCCCCGCCGGCACCGCCGGCCCCGGCGCCGGCUCCUCCUCUCCCCCUCCCCCUCCGCCGCCGCUCCCUUCGCCGGUACGAGGAGCUGUGGAUGCCGUUGAUCGCGGAUCUGACGGCGGCGGGGUCCUGGUCCGCCGCGAUGCUCCUGCCGCCGUUGGAUGUGCACUGGAUUUGGCACUGCCACUGCCUCGACCACCGCGGGUACCGCGACUACUGCGCGUCGAGAUUCGGGUUCCUGAUCGACCGGCCUCUGAUCCUCGACGACGAGAACGAGGACUACGCCGCGGACCGCUGCCGCGAGAUCUGGGCCGUCCGGUAUCCGUCGGAGCCGUUCGACCUCGAGAUCUGCGCCGUCGAAGGAGGAGGGGGAGAAGUCGGCGACGAGAUGUUGGGAACGGUGGCGAGGUGGGAAUCCGUCGCCGACUUGUUCGCGGACCCCUUCGCGUACGAGACCGUGUAUCUGGUCUCGGCCAAGCGGAGGUACCUGGAUUUCCUCGACCUGGUUAAGCGACUCGGGGUCGGGGUCGGGGGCGGCGACGACGGGGUCCGCCUCGCGCCCACCAACGAUAUUCUCCUCAUGUGGCUCACCCACAAGAGCUAUCCGGGUCGGUAUGCGAGAGACAUGGAAGCAAUGGGGGACGAAGUUGCGGCAGCGAUGGAGAAAAAGGUGGCGGGGUUCGGGGACUUGCCUCCGCCGACGGUGGCGGAGGAGGAGGUGUCACGGAGGGCGUGGGAGAGGGCUGGGACGGUGUUCGACCCUGCGGCGGCGCCCACGAGGGCGGCGCUCGGGUGGUACGCCGCGGAGGCCGACGCCAACAGCCGGUACAAGGCCAUGCAGCCUAGGUUCCUCAUGGAAGUUUGUGUAUUCCUCAAGGGAGAAUUCGAGGAGACAGAACGCCUAAACAAGAAUUUCCUUCGACUAAGAACUCUACGGUGUCAUAGAUCGUUGAAGCUUGAUAAGCCGGCAUCAGAAUCAUCCUCCAAAAACUGGCGCAAGACAUGGCAUCUUUAUUGCGAAUUUGGCACCAAAGGAAUCAGAGUAGAGGUCCGCCGCCACCGAAAUAAUUGCCUAAGUAGCAGCAAGUCGCUUAAAACUCUAGUUUUCUCAUGGAACGACUUGUUGCGCGCGACCACCCUGACUCUCAAGGAAAAGCUUGACAUUCCAGCAUGGAUCCUGGCGUCGAUUACGCCUCCAGUUCAGGCAUCAUACUUAUUGAAGUGUGUUCCUGAUCGAGUGACUGAUGACAGUGGAGCAAUGAUUUCUGAUGUGAUCUUAGAAAAGAGGGCCCAUCGCCCACAAGAAGGGCGGUGGCUCUCCCGCACAGUCCUCGAUCACACGGGAAAGGAGUGUUUCGUGAUUCGAACUAGAGUAGGCAAAGGGAUAUGGCGUAGAGGAGCAGAAACUCCGAUGGCGGUGAAAUGGGAGGAGAGAAUCAUAGAAGUGCGGGAAGGCUCGUGGUCGUACAUUGCAAGUUCUGUCGGUUUUGCUCCUGAGAAGGUUGUGGGCACAGCGACCCCUAAGAAAGAUGAUCUGCACGAGAAGAACGUAGCAUGGUGUCUCUCUACUGGAGAUGUACUAUCUAUUCAAUGGGAGGAUGGUCUGGACAUUCAGCUAGAAAAUGACAGCUCGACAGAAACGGUUAAAUUGCUGAGAGGGAGGAGAUUACAAUACCAAGUGAAGAAAUUUAUUCGAGACGAAGAUGAAGACCAAUACUUCACGCUGGUCCGAGCUUCAGAAAGCCAGGAAGGAAAAGCCACAGCUCUUUUAAACUGGAAGCUUCUUGCAGUCGAGUUUUCGCCGGAAGAGGAUGCAGUGCUUGUGCUUCUCAUCUGCAUGGCUAUAACCCGAACCCUGACGGAGAUUAGAAGAGAAGAUUCAGCGGGCUUAUUGGUUCGUCGAAGAAUGAGGGAAGUACAAAAAGGGCUCAAGGAUUGGGGCUCUGUUAUGCUACCAUUAUCUGCUUCUUCUUCUGCUUCUGCUUUUCUGCAACCUUGGUACUGGAAUGCUUCAGAGGUUUUAGCCUCAGCAGAGAUGUUCGACGCGAGAGGACCGACAAUUAAGUACUCUCCGGCUGAUGGAAAGGAGAUCUUGUAUAGACAAGCUAUCAUGCCCUGAGAAAAUUAUUUUAUAAAACUUUUGAAUAAGGAAUUUUAGUAAGGCUUUAUGGAAAUUUUUUUGGGAAAUUCUCGAUGUUGUAACGUACAUUAUGGUAUCAUGUAUGUGUUUACAUUCAAUAAUUCGCUUGCGUAGAAAAAGCAUGGUAAUUCUCAUA